GAGACCAGAAGGUCCUACAUGCCCUCCCUGGCCAGGAGGGAGAAUGGAUGGGAGUGGAGGAAAAGAUGAGGUGAAUAAUUCUGGCAGAGAAAAGGCAACCAGGAGCCCAGCACAGAGCGGGAUUCUAAUACUCACUCCCUGGCCUGAGGGGCCCCUCGGAAAGGGUGUCCAGAGGUUCUACUCUCAGCUACUCAAUGGUGAGACAGAGAGUGGAGGCCUGCAGGGUGUGGAUCUGACCUCGUCACAGAGCAGUCUGUACAGCGAGGAGGGCCUGGGUGUGACGGCGCUCAGCACCCUCUAUGGAGGCAUGCUCCUGUCCUCCAUGUUCCUGCCACCGCUCCUCAUCCAGAGGCUGGGCUGCAAGGGGACCAUCCUCCUCUCCAUGUGUGGCUACGUGGCCUUCUCCGUGGGCAACUUCUUCGCUAGCUGGUACACUUUGAUCCCCACCUCCAUCCUGCUGGGGCUCGGGGCCGCCCCGCUGUGGUCUGCGCAGUGCACGUACCUGACGAUCAUGGGAAACACGCGUGCAGAGAAGGCGGGGAAGCGUGGCCAAGACGGGGUGACCCAGUGUUUCGGCAUCUUCUUCCUCAUAUUCCAGUCAUCCGGUGUGUGGGGCAACUUGAUCUCCUCGCUGGUGUUGGGCCAGACUCCCAGCCAAGAGACCCUCCCAGAAGAGCAGCUCUCGUCCUGUGGGGCCAGUGACUGCCUGAUGGCCACGGCGACCACCAACAGCACCCAGAGCCCCUCCCAGCAGCUGGUCUACACCCUGCUGGGCAUCUACACGGGGAGUGGCGUCCUGGCCGUGCUGAUGGUAGCUGCAUUCCUGGAACCCGCACGAGAUGUUCAACAUCAACGUGGAGGAGAGAAGAAAUCACCCCCUUUCUGGUCCACUUUGCUGUCGACGUUCAGGCUCUACCGAGAUAAACGUCUGUGCCUCCUCAUCCUGCUGCCGCUGUACAGUGGACUGCAGCAAGGAUUCCUCUCCGGCGAAUACACACGGUCCUAUGUCACCUGCGCCUUGGGCAUCCAGUUCGUCGGCUACGUGAUGAUCUGCUUCUCGGCCGCCGACGCGCUGUGCUCCGUGUUGUGUGGGAAGGUCUCUCAGUAUGCCGGCAGGGUCGCGCUCUACGUGCUGGGCGCGGUGACCCAGCUGUCCUGCAUCAUCGCCCUCCUGCUGUGGAGACCACGUGCUGACCAGCUGGCGCUGUUCUUCGUGUUCUCAGGCCUGUGGGGCGUGGCAGACGCCGUGUGGCAGACACAGAACAACGCUCUCUACGGCGUUCUGUUUGAGAGGAGCAAGGAGGCUGCCUUCGCCAAUUACCGCCUGUGGGAGGCCCUGGGCUUCGUCACGGCCUUCGGGUACAGCACGUUUUUGUGCGUCCACGUCAAGCUCUACAUUCUGCUGGGGGUCCUGAGCCUGACCAUGGCGGCGUAUGGGAUUGUGGAGUGUGUGGAGUCCAAGAACGCGAUCAGACCCUGCGAUCCAGGACAGGCCCAGCCCGCAGAGGACAAAGAAGCACAAGGAAAAAUGUGAGAGCAGCCAGGUCGGAGGAGGACGAACCAGAAAGGACCAGCCAGGGAGUCUCCUAGAAGAUGCCCCAGGACCCAGAGCUGGCUCCUCACCACCAUUCAGCACUGUUGGCCGUUCUGAAGACACGUCAUUGCACUCUUCACGCCCUUUCUUCUAUUCUCACACAUUUUUAGUCCACCAUCUUGUCAACAGAGGCCAAGUGUAUACCGGAAGGUGUCACUUAAUUAAAUUUUAGAUACAAAAGAAGAAGGUCUAGAGCAGAAUCAGAAUUUGCCUGAAAUCAUAGACCCACCCUAGCUUUUGUUCUUGUAGUUAUUUUGAGAAUUGGAAGUCCACUUAAAAUCAUGUAGUCUAACCCCAUAAUUUCACACAUGGGCAAACUUUUAAAUGCUAAGUCUACUUGGAUGAAAACAUCAAACAUUUCACAAAGGGGCCCUGACAAGUCAGCUGACUCAACCUCACAGAGUCAGGAGGUGGCAAAGCCAGACUGGGGCUCAGGAUUCUUGAAGCGUGCGGGGUCUCGGUUUCUAAGUAAAGGCAGUUGUUUAAGG